UGUGGUCAUACAUCCACACUCAAACGUCAAAAAAUUGUGGAAUUCUGUUUUUGGUCAAAACCAAAACGAUACGCAAAAAAUGGCACUACCUGAGGAAAUAAACCAUCAACACAUAUCUCAUAUAUCUCAUAUACCUCAUAUAUCUACAGAUUAUUCAUCUCAUCAAUCUCAUCAAUCUCAUCAUUCUUCAUUUUAUCAUGAUCAUAUUCCAGUUUCUCAUUCACAUAUAAAUGAUACAAGUGUUCGUAAAAAGAGUCCUGCAAAGAGAUAUGCAACUUAUGAAACUUAUGAAUUAAAUUGGAAUUCUUCUUCAUCUUCCUCUGGAAAUAUUAGUACUGAUGAUGAUAAAAUUGCAAACUUUAAUGAUAUUUCUCAAAUUAAUGAUAAAUCAGAUGAUUCACCACAUAUUAAACAAAUAUCUUCCUCACAGCCAUCCACACCACAACAUACACAACAUACUCCGCGUUCAUCACUUCAACAAAAUCAACAACAACAUCAACAACAUCAACAACAACAUCAACAACAUCAACAACAGCAACCAUUACAACAGAAUAUUUCAUCCGAAAAAUCUAAAUCAAUCACAAUUAAUACUUCCAAUGAACAAAUUGAUCACCUUAUUAAUACUCCACCUCAAUCUCCUUAUGGUGGAAUCACCGUAACAACCGUUAAAGUGGUAGAAAUUCUUCAUAGUCCAACUAAAAAUAAUUCCGAAAUUGAUUCAUCUUUUACGAUAAAACAUGUUAAAAAAGAUAAUUCAAUUCAAAGUAAAAAUAAUGGAAAUUCACUUCAUUCACAUUCAAAUAUAACUCAUGAAAAAGUACAAAAGGAACAGCAAAAAGAGCAAAGUGAACGUAAAUAUCCUUCACCUCCAAUAUCUAGAUCUUCCCCUCCACCUACGUCACAACCUAACUUUAUUCAAAAACAAAAAAAUCAUUCUUCAAUAAUAAGUCCUUCAUCAAAAGUUAAAAAUUCUAAUAGAAAAGGUUUAAUUUCAAAGGGAAAACAACAAGAAGUAUUAGUACCAAGAGAAAUGUCAUUUAUUGAUCCAAGACUAAUAGCUAAAAAGUCUCUUGUAAGAACUCAAUCUAUAAAUCGGAAUUCUAUUAAUAGACCUAUUAAACGUGGCACAAUUGUUCAAAGGAAAAAAUUGCCACCACGAAAUAUGGAAUUUUCUAUUACCUCAAAUCCUGCACAUUCUAAUGAUCCUACAGAUAUGGAUUCUGAUGCAAUACCAAAGAGAAUAAAUGGUUUACCAUGGUUACCUGGUCCUCCUAAACCACCGCAAUUACUUCAUGCCUCUCUUAUACCUCUUCCCAAUCGUGCUCAACGUACUCAACGUGCUGCUUCAACAAAUCCUAAUCGUGUCUCUCGAAUAAUUCCUACUAAUAAUAUAAAUCAUGCAUCAAGAAUAUUAUCUAGCGUAAAUACUAAGCGCAAUUCUGGACGUUCAUCUUUAGAUUUUAGACGUAAAUUAUUAGAAGAAAGUAUAAUGACUUCAUUUGGUGGUAUAUACACAAUAAACAGUCAACCCUCUGCAAAACCGUCAAUAAGACGAAAAACAAGGAAAAGUAGUAAUGCUAAAUUAGAAGAUAGAGAAGCUAGACGAGAAAGGAGGAGAAAGGAGAAACAGGAAAAAUUUUCUGAAGAACAAGAGGGUAAUAACAAUUCCGAUAAUGAUCCAAAUGAUGAAAUAUCUGGUGCGGAUAAAGCUAUAAAAAGAUUUGAGACAACAAGAAUUAUAAGUUCCCGAGAAUUGGUAAAGAAGGUAGAAGAAGAAAGCCGUAAAAAGGAAAAUCUGGUCGGACCUCAACCACCUCCGAGGAGAUCACACAAUGAAACUACAAUUCAACAAGAACAUUUUUCAUCGCUCAAGUCUAAAACCAAUACAUUAUCAAUACUUUCAUCACCACCAGAAAGAAGAUCUUCAAAAUCUGAGAAUCAUUCAGAUUUGACAGUUAAUUCCAAUGAACCACCACCUUAUCCAAUUCGAUUACAAUCUACUUUUUCUUCACCUACUUCUUUAGUACCAAAUUCCUCUAUAAUGGUAACAUCUUCAUCUCUAGAGGAAUCGGAACGUCUAAUGAAUAAAGAUGAUGAAACAUCAUUAUAUUCGCUGGCUCAAAAUUCAAGAACGCAAAAACAUGGAUUACUUGGAGGAUUUUUCAAUAAACAACCAUUAAAUUCAUCAAAUUCCCCGAAUUCACCGGGUAUACCACCUUUAUCACCCUUAUCACCGACAUAUAUGUCACAAACACCAACAUUGGUUCCUACACGAACGGCACCGACGCCACCAAUAUUAAGUCCACCACCACCACAAUCUCCACCUUUGAGCCCAUCUCGAACCCAAAAGAUACAAUCACAAUUGCCACGAUUGAAUAAAAAUCGACGUAUAAAUGAAAAUGAACAAUGUAUACCAAAUCCAGAGAAAUUAAGAAAGAUGGAAAAAUUUGAAGCAUUAAUCGCUAGUACGGAACAAAGCACAAAAAAACCCAAAACUGGUAUAAUUAGUGCCGCAAUAAGUAAUUUAAUGCCAGGUAAUGCCGGCACAACAACUACAUUAACAUCUCCAAAUAUAUUACCAAUAAACUCAAAUGUGGAUAAAAAGAAAAAGAUCAUAUUCAAUCCCACAUUAAACAAUGGGUCUAAUGAAAUAAGUUCAAGUAACAAUGACGAAAAACUUUCAGCAGAUACUGAUCCAAUAGGAAGAGCAUCUUUAAAUUCAUUAGCUACUUCACUAGCUGAAUCAGUUCAUUAUCGACCAGAAGAGAAAGAUAAACUAGGAAUACCUAGUUCAAUUGAUGAAGAUGGUGUUAUCAGAGUUACAUUAACACCCGCUGUAUGUCGAUAA